UGACCCAAGAUGGCGGCGCCCAGUGCGGGCCUCUUUCUGCUACUGUGAGGUGAACUGAGUCCCUGAGCCCCGCGUCAUGUCAAAGCUAAGCCGGGCCACUAGGGUCCUCAAGAAGCCCGAGGCCGGCGGUGUGAUCCGGACCAUCGUGAGGGCAGGCCAGGCCAUGCCUGGACCCCCUCUAGGCCCCGUUCUGGGUCAGCAAGGCAUUUCCAUAAACCAAUUCUGCAAGGAAUUCAACGAGAAGACAAAGGACAUCAAAGAAGGCAUUCCUCUGCCUACUAAGAUUUUUGUGAAGCCUGACAGGACAUUUGAAAUCAAGAUUGGACAGCCCACUGUUUCCUACUUCCUGAAGGCAGCUGCUGGGAUUGAGAAGGGAGCCCGCAACACAGGGAAAGAGGUGGCAGGCCUGGUGACAUUGAAGCACGUGUAUGAGAUUGCUCGCAUCAAAGCUCAGGACGACGCUUUUGCCCUCCAGGAUGCACCCUUGUCCUCUGUUGUCCGCUCCAUCAUCGGCUCUGCCCGUUCUCUGGGCAUUCGUGUGGUGAAAGACCUCAGUGCAGAGGAGCUGGCAGCUUUCCAGGAGGAGCGAGCCACGUUUCUGGCUGCUCAGAAAGAGGCCGAUUUGGCAGCCCAGGCAGAAGCUGCUGCGAAGUGACCCCUGCCCCCCACAUCCCAGAAUUUUGAAGAGAGCUGCCGGGAAGGGUGCUGGUUGGGAGGGCUGCGCCAAAGGGGAGGGGUGGAGGGAGGUUACACUAAGUCUGUUGUUCCUAUUUUGACUUUAAAUUAUAUAUUUUUACACGUGUGGA